CCCAUGCUAAAUGGACGCAGAUGCGCCGCGAAAUCCCGUCAUUAUCGCCGCAAUUGUUGUUUAUUAAUCGAAGCGCGCGACGAAACAAACGAAUUAAAAACAAAUGAUGAUGAUGAAUUUGAAAAGUUUGUGACAUUUUCGUAUUACCAAUCAUGUGUUGUUGUUAUUGUUGUUGUUAUUGCGAGAAGAGUGCGCGGUUUGAAUGAAAUUUCGAGUUGGAUUUCGAGUGGACGCUUCAUGCUGAAGAAUCAGAUAACGGAGAGUAUGACUAUCCAAGAGGGCCUCCUGGACUCGAGAAAAGCGGACGGGAUGAGCAGCGAAAAGAAGCAACAGCAGCAACAGACGACGACGGUUUCAGCAGUCGCUAGUUCUGCUGGUGCGACGGCGGCUGCGACGACGACUUCCACCGCGAGUGGAGGACAGAAGAACGGACACAUCAGUUUCAGCGUGGCAUCGCUUCUGGCAGACACGAGGCCGAGUCGAGCGCCAUCGCCAUCACCGACGGCGACUGCCGCCUCCUCCAGCCCUCAACAUCAUCUCAAUCUACACCUUCAUCAUCAUCAUCACAAUCACAAUCAAUCGAGCGACGAAGAGUACGACGAUAGUAAUGCCGAAGAUUCGAUUGUGGACGUGGAGGAUCUGAACCCGGAUCAGAAGCGACGGCAGCAAGACCAGGACGAUGACGAAGAGAUGGUCGUGGUGCGCUCCAAAGGAAGCGAAGAUUUUCAAGCUAGAGGAGGAAUUGGAGGAAGCGAUUUGAGCGGCGGAGGAGGAGGAGGCGUUGGACCUAUUCGACCGACGCCUUUCUCUGCUCUCGCGGCUGCAGUCUAUCAAGCGAAUUGGCCGCCCCAGGGGUUGGUCGGACCUUUUGCCGCCGGUCCAGGCGCCCACCUCUUCCAGGGUCCCGGCGGUGCACCCUUCGGAGUGCCCAACAUCAAUACAGAUGGAGCUGUGGAGGGACCGAAACUGAAGUGCAAUCUGAGGAAGCACAAACCGAACAGGAAACCACGCACCCCGUUCACCACUCAACAGCUUUUGGCGUUGGAGAAGAAGUUCCGGGACAAGCAGUACCUGAGCAUCGCCGAGAGGGCGGAAUUCUCCAGUUCUCUGCGACUGACCGAGACGCAAGUGAAGAUAUGGUUCCAGAAUCGAAGGGCGAAGGCGAAGAGGCUGCAGGAAGCGGAAAUCGAGAAGCUGAAGAUGGCAUCGUUGUCGCGCCAUCCGCAUCAUCCGCUGUACCCGCACCCCGCACUGCACGGAUACUUUCAGCCGGGGGCGCCGCACCCGCUCGCCUCUCUGCUGGGGGCGGGAAGACCGCCGCCACCUUCGAUGAGCGCUCUAGGACCGCUCAUGGCACAGCAGCAACAGCAGCAGCAACCGCCCCCGCAUCUCACCUCGCCCCAAGGAAGCAUACGUUCGUCGCCGAGUCCGCACAUGUCCUGAUCAGAGUAAAUGGAAAGAUAGAAGAGGGAAUGAUGAACGAGACAAAGGCGCAAAGGAAGAAAUUGUGAUAAAUUGAAUUGAAUAUGAAGAGAGAUGGGGGGAAGUGCGCCAAAAAUAUCCACACUAUAUAGAACACACAAAACAGUUUUGGAAGAGAAACAGAGAGAGAGAGAGAGAGAGAGAAAUGAUGAUGAUGAUGUAGUGCGUUUUAAACGCGCCGCUUAAUGGGCAAUCUCGGGUUUAAUUACGCCGCCACCCAUAGCCAACUCACGACUUUUGCGCGAGCCUCUCUUUCUCUUCGCAUUCAUUUGUUUCCUUCUAUUUAUCAAAUUGCCACCGCACUCCAUAUAAAUUAUUUUCUCACACUCUUCCCUCUCCCCCCCCCAACAACAGAGAUAAUUCAAUUUUCGCAAACGAUAAGGAGGAGAAACCGAAUAAUUAUAGCGAUGAUUUCACGCUGCUACAGAAAAAAAAAAACCACCGUCAUCGUCUUCUUCCGCCUACGUAACAACACACCAUCAUCAUCAACAACAACCGCGUAACCAUGGCAAUUCGUUGAAACGAAACAAUUGAUGACACAAAGUGUAUAUGUUUGUUUGUUUGUUUGUGUACGUGUGUGAUUGUGUCGUUUUUCCAUGUUGUACAAAAGAUUCGGAGUGAACAGAACAACAAUUAAAAAUUCCACGUGUACAUAAUAAUUCCGCAGUAGAGGAGUUUCUGAAACUAACUAACGUCUAAAUUUUGAACUAAUCAUCAUUUUAUCGAACAUCUUU